ACGCCGCGCAGUGACGUGUUAGCUAAGAAAGUGUACACAGUAUUUUCGUUCUGAUUGAACACAAAUAAUUUACACAAACAUUGUAUUACUUAUUAUUUUUAAUAUGAGGGAGUUUAAAUACGAUGUUGUGCAACUUAUACACGCUGUGAGAGAUCGGCCUUGCCUUUGGGAUAGAACUUUAGAAGUGUAUAAAGAUCGUGCAGAAAGACGAGCGGCUUGGGAGGAUGUGUUCGGACUUCUUGAUAAAGGAUACGAGGAAAUGACGGCUGAAGAAAAACGCGUGACGGGUGAAUUAAUACUUAACAAAUGGACAAACAUCAGAGAUACCUUUGUAAAGACGCUCAAAACAAAAAUGGGCAGACCAAGACGGAAGUAUCUUCUCUAUGAACAUCUCAAAUUCCUCAUAAAAGUGACAUCAACAGAUGAAGACUUUACCGUAGAUUUUAACACAGAAGACAGUUCAUCCUAUAUGAAAAUAGAAAGAGAGAGCCCUAAAGAUAGCACUAGUCAUAGAAAAAGGUCGCGAAAAUCUGAUUAUUAUGAAGAAGAAGCUAAAAAGAGUAAGGACUCUGAUAAAACAGAAGUGGAUUAUGUUGAAGUUGAUGAGUGCAAUGACCCGAGAAUCAUGAAUGAGGAUGAAGCCUUCUUUGCGUCUCUCCUGCCAUCAGUGGUUAAAUACUCUGAAGAUGAAAGAUUAGAGUUUAGAAUAGAGGUUUUGGCGGUUAUGAAGAGAAUAAAAGAAAAAAGUAAAUGGUCUAGUGAUGUGUAGAAGUGGACUAUGGAACUCGUGCUGUGCAUUUUUUUUAUUUUAGUUUUAUUAAGAACAGAAGUACGUCCGCCUAAAUUAUUUUU